AUGUCAUUUCAAUCAGCAACAUUGAAGACAGAAUACGUCCCAUUGAACCAGAUCAGAAGACCCAUCCCUCCUGUUCUUGAUCUUCAAAAAAUAGACGCUAUGGAAUCUACGUUGAAAGGUACACCCAUGGCAUCUGCUACAUGCGGAAUAGAUGAUAUUCAAAGUGGGGAGCUCCCACCUGUAGAUGUGUUUUUAGUCCGCCAACAAGGAAAGUCGUACUACUUUGCAUUUGGUGGUUGCCAUAGAUUCCAAGCUUACGAUAGAUUGAGUGAAGGUGGGAAGAAAGAAGUACAGGUCAAGUGUAGAAUACUACCUGCAACUAAACAGACCUUGAAACUAUAUUUAGGGUCAUCCGUAGAUGAAAUGUUUGAUUGA